AUGAUUACAAAAAUAUUAAAGUUCAAAUCUUCAUUUAUAAACUUGGUACGAUUCAAUAGAUACAAUUCAUCAACAAAUAUUCUACAUCCUUCAGAAUUACCGCAACUACAUCCAUUACUAAUCAAAAGAGUUGACAUUUUAAAAAAUGAUCUCCAAAACUUAUCAAUUAAAUUAGAAAGUCAAUAUAAUGAAGAAAUACAAACAAAUUAUGAUAAAAUAAGUUCUAUUCUAUCAAAAUAUGAAGAGUUUAAUCUGGUACGAUCAGAAAUUACCGAAUUGUAUAAUAUAACUGAUUCAGAAUUAAUAAAGGAUGCAACAAUGGAGAUUACUAAUCUACAACCAAAGUAUACAGAUUUAAUCAAAGAAUUGAAUUAUCAUUUAAUACCUCCAAUUAAAUUUGCUGAAAAACCAUGUAUUAUAGAAAUGCAUCCAGGAGUUGGAGGCUCAGAAGCUGCAUUAUUUACAUUUGAUUUACUCCAAAUGUAUAUAAAUUUUUGUCAUUUUAAGAAAUGGAAAUUUACAAUAAUUUCAAUGAAUAAAAAUUCUUCAGGAUUUAUUAAUGAAGCUAUUUUAAGUAUUGAUGAACCAGGUAGUUAUGAUACAAUAAGGUUUGAAAGUGGUGUUCAUCGAGUUCAACGAAUACCAGAAACCGAAACUAAAGGUAGGGUUCAUACAUCAACUGCUGCAGUUGUAGUAUUACCUAAAAUAUCAGAAGGUAAUGAAUCAACAUUAGUUGAAGAUGAAAAAUUCUUUAAACCAAAUGAAAUCAGAAUUGAAUAUAUGAGAGCAAGUGGUAAAGGUGGUCAACAUGUUAAUACAACAGAUUCAGCGGUUAGAAUAGUUCAUUUACCUACUGGAAUAAUUGUAAAACAACAAGAUGAAAGACUGCAACCAAGAAAUAAAGCUAAGGCUUUCGCAUUAUUAAGAAGUAAAUUAGCGGAAAUUGAAAGAAUUGAAGAAAUUAAUUUUCAAAAAUCAAUUAGAAAUGAGCAGGUUAGUACAACCGAUAGAAGCGAUAAAAUUAGAACUUAUAAUUAUCCACAAAAUAGGAUAACUGAUCAUAGAUGUAAUUUUAGUUUGCAUGACAUAGAUGGUUGUAUGAAAGGUAAUAAAUUAAUUGAAAUUAUUAAUAAAUUGAAAGAAGAUGAUUAUAAAACCAGAUUGCGACAAUUAAUUGGUGAUUAUAGUACUAAAUAG